AGUUCUCCGCAACUCCAAUGCUCCCCAAUUUGUGAACGCCACCUAUACAGCAUUAGUUGAUGAAAGGGAGAUUCCAGGUUUUGUUGUUGUUGGGGUUGAGGCAACAGAUGCUGAUGCAGAAUUGCAACCAAAUAGCCCUAACAGCCAAAUAGUCUAUUCCAUCGAUCCUAACAAUGUCAAGGCAAAUCAAUAUUUUGCUAUCCAACCCCAACUGGGCAAUGUAUACAUCAAGAAGCAAUUGAUUGAAGACCCUAACACUAGACAGUACCAGUUUGACAUUGUUGCAACUGACAAUGGUCU